UUGGACGGCUGGGUAGUCCCGUGCUCCGAGCGGCUCUCUGCCUGUCCACGCGCAGUGUGGCGGCGGUCGAGGUGAGGCGCGCCGCUGUCGGAUUCAUUCGCUCUCUCGCCGCUAUCACCGGAGCUUCGCUGUUCUCCGUCAGAAGAUGAUUAAGCAGCAGCCGGCCCCAGCGAACCGUAAACCCGCUUCGUCGGCCAUGGCUGUCUCCUCCCCCGGGAGCCCCAACGGAAACCCCCUCCCCCCGGCACGGAGCCAGGAUCGGGCAGGCACCGGAAGGGGCAGGAGCAUUGUGAAAGGACUUCAGCCACCGGUAUUUGAAGGCGUGUAUAAUAAUUCGAGAAUGCUGCAUUUUUUAACUGCUGUUGUGGGCUCCACGUGUGACGUUAAGGUGAAAAAUGGGACCACGUACCAAGGAGUCUUCAAAACCCUGAGCUCCAAGUUUGAGCUGGCUGUUGAUGCUGUGCACAAGAAGACGGGCGAGCAACCCGUGGGGCCAAAGCGUGAGGACAUUGUGGACACCAUGAUAUUCAAACACUCCGAUGUUGUGCUCGUUCACUUCCACAAUGUGGACUUCAAUUAUGCCACGAAAGAUAAGUUUACAGAUUCCGCCAUUGCCACGAACUCUAAAGUGAACGGGGAACACAAGGAUAAGGUUCUAAUGCGCUGGGAUGGAGGAGAGACUAACCCCGAUGAUUAUGACCUGGAGUCAGACAUGUCCAAUGGAUGGGAUGCCAAUGAUAUGUUUAAAUUUAAUGAAGACAACUAUGGAGUGAAGACAACUUAUGACAGUAGCCUGUCCUCUUACACGGUGCCUCUAGAAAAGGAUAACUCAGAUGAGUUCAGGCAGCGGGAGGCGAGGGCUACCCAGCUUGCCCGCGAGAUUGAAUCAAGCCCACAGUACAGAGCGCGGAUCGCCAUAGAAAACGAUGAUGGCAGAACGGACGAGGAGAAGCACAGCAGUGUCCAGCGUCCUUCCUCUGACCGGGACAGCCCAAGCUUUGGAUCCCGGGAAGCGAAGUACGUUCCUCUGCCUCAGCGUGUGAGGGACGGAUCACGUGGUGGACUCCGAACAAACUCUUCUAGGGGUGGAAGAUCGGGGAUGGGCCCCUUGCCUUCUCGUAGUACUCCGCAGCAUUAUCCAGAAACCAGUUCCAGUCCUGUGUCUGAGCAAAGAAACAUCAAUGGAGCAGGGUAUUCAAAGAUGUCUCCCAAAGCGCAGCGCCCGAUGAGGGGUAGCAAGACCAUGUCCUCCCCAUCCAGCCGUCCUAUAGAAGUAUCCACUUCCCCUUCAGCUGCCUCCCGUGUUUACACACCUCUGUCUCCUAAAUCGGUCUCGUCUGCCAGUUCUAUGGACUCCUCUUCUCAAGCUUCUACCCCAGACUCCCGACCUGCAGCAGAAACCAAUGUCAUCAAACCCAGUUCUCCGAAGGCUGCCGCUCCCGCCACUAUUGGGGAAGGUAAAGAGAUUCAGGUUUCUGUUGUAAAAGAGCCAAGCCGGACAUUGGAGCAGACUGCACCUUCUGAUGUCAAGCCGCCUCCUAAAGUGCUGCAAACGGAGCAGAAGAGGAAUCAGCUGGAUGAACUUCGCAAGUUUGGAGCCGAGUUUCGGCUUCAGCCUAGUGCCUGUCCCGAACCCAAUGUGGAAUCUUUCCCACCAAGACAAAAAGAGCCCUUGGAAACAAAGAUCCUGAAACAAGAGGGGCCUGCCAGCGAUGGUACAGAACCCCAAGAUUUGGGGCAGAAGGUUCCGGAGCCGGUUGAAGAGGUCAAAGAGGAUAGAGUGUGCGAGAUUAUUGAGCCCCUGGAGGAGGCAGGCAGUCCGGCGGGCAAAACGGAAGUAGAGGAGAAAGAGGAGCCAGUCGUGUAUGACCAAGUAAAGAAAUCUACCUUGAAUCCCAAUGCAAAGGAGUUUAAUCCCAAGUCCCUUCUGGCAGUGAACAAAGCAACGAGCACGCCCACCUCUCCUGGACCAAGGAAUCAUUCCACCACCACCACUAUCCCAAUGCAGAGUGGGGUGUACAGCCCAUAUCUUCCAUAUAUUCAUCAGAUUCAUAUGAGCCCCGCUGUGCAGGCUCCUCAAAUGUACCAGUACCCUGUGUCCAACUCUGUACCAGGUCAGCAGGGCAAAUACAGAGCAAAAGGCCCUACUCAACGAGCUGAGCAGCAAAAUGCAGCACCGCCCAUCAUGCAGGCCGCAGCGGCUGCUGGGCCCCCCCUGGUAGCAGCUACACCAUACUCCUCCUACAUCUCGUACAGCCCUCAACAGUUCCCAGGGCAGCCAACAAUGAUGCAGCCCAUGGCUCAUUAUGCAUCGCAGCCUAUGUUUGCACAGAUGCUGCAGGGUAACCCGCGCAUGCUGACAUCAGGAAACCAUCCCCAGGCCUUAGUCUCUUCUUCCAACCCUCAAUACCAACAAACAGAUCAGCCUACUCCCCAAACCCUCUAUGCUGCAGUCCAGUCCUACUCCCAUCAUGCAGCUCAGAUGCACCCACAGCCAUCCAGCACCCCUACCCAGAGCCAGCAGCAGUCUCAGCACGCCAAUCCCAGCCCUGUGCAGAGCCUGUAUAGUACAAUAUAUAUACAGCAGUACAGCCCCAAUAGUAUGGAAGAUAGAAGAGAAGAAAUGCCUUACUUGGAGAGUGAGGAGGAGUGUGUCCAUCACCAGGGUGGCCAGCCCCCUCAUCUAGGUAGUGGGCAGCCCCAGCAAAAUCUCUAUCACACAGCAACUCUAACGGCAACCCCACCCUCUAUGACCCCCGGACCCACCGCCCAGUCCCCGCAGAGCAGCUACACCCAGCAGGCCGUGUACGCCAUCCACGCCCAUCAACAGCUUCAGCAUAGCUUCACAAACAUGUCUCACGUGGCACAGGCUCACGUACAGUCUGGAAUAACUGGACCCCCUUCCCACCCUGGUGGCCCUCACCAACAACACCCUGGUGGCCCUCACCAGGUCAUGCUCUUACACCCCUCACAGACACAUGCUGCUCCCCCACAGGGCGGCGUCCAACAGACAGGUGUGUCCACACCUUCUCCAUACACCUAUAUAUCACAUCAUCAAGUUCAGUCCCAUCCGUCCCAGCAGCUCCCAUUCCACCCACCUGGCAAUUGAGCUUUAUUCCAGAGCUGUGAUUCCAACCUCCACACAGUCAUAACCCGCAGCCAGUCCUGCCUCUGGCCUUUCCCCUGUCCACACCGUCCAGGAAAAACUGGCUGAGGCAGAAUCCGGGGACCUCCGCUGGGCCCCCGCGCAGACUUCCUGAGCCAAUGGAUCUGAGGGCUUCCACGGGCGCAGCAUCAUGGGACCUUUUCACUCACGCCCUGCCAGGGUUAUCCGAGACACAAGGGAGCCGUGCAGCCAUGUGGAAGACUCUCUUGGGGGUGGAGCUAACAGCUGGAGGCAGGGUGUCCCCUUACCGACACCAUAAAAGGAGAAUGUGUGCUUUUUAUUAUAUAUUUUUUUUUUUCGGUCUGCUCUGCAGGGGAGGAGCCAGCCCCCCCUUCUCAGAGACUGGAACAGAAACCGAGAUUUUAUUUUUAUUUAUAAAUAGAUUUGGGCAGUUUUCAAGGCAGAGUCCACUUUCAUCUCCCACCCUUUCUCCUUCCAUAACCCUUUUCCAUCUUUAACUUGAACAGAGUGAUGGACUACUUUUACUUUUUAUUGAAUAAACUAUUUAAAAAAAAAAAAAAAAAACUUGGAAAAAAAACUUAAAAAAAA